ACAAAAAUUGAGAUACAAGGUUUUUGCACAUUUUAAUUAUAUUUGUCAAUUAUACAGCAUUAACAGAAGUCAAAGUAAAAAUAUUUAUUGGCAACUAAAUCUUUUAUUUGUAUUGGUCCAGUCGAUAUGAAAUUCGGACAGAAAAUAUAUUUAUGAUUAAUUAAAAUAUAUAUAAAAAGUAUAAAACUAUAUUAAAAAAUUAGAUGCAAAGAUUUUUAAACAGUGGCAAUAUAAAAUAUUUGUAUGUAGAGACUAGAUUUCAAUUUUAAGGAUAUUUGUAUGAUACUUUGAUGUGGUAUUAUUAGAAAUGUAAAAAUAAAUAGAAAUAGGAAGGGUAAAAAAAAAAACAACAGAAUUUAUUGGUGUAGUCUUUUUAUUACUGAGAGCACACUGCAUCUUUGUAGAAUUUCAAGUAUGAGUCCCUCUGAACAAAUGAGUUAGAGCUUUAUAAAAUAUCUGUAAUGAAUAUGGAACUAUGGUUGUAAAAGUAUGUCAAUAAUUAUUGAGCAUUUACUCUUGUCAAAAUCAGGGCGGCCCACAGGCAUAUGACUUAACCAUAUUUCUGUACCUUGGUAAUCAUUUAAAAUAAGGGUCACAAAUUUAAGCAGUUCAGCUUGGUUUGAUGGCUUGUGAUCAUCCAUCUUCCUCUUAAUUACAUUCCAGAGGUUUUUAAUUUGGUAAAAUCAAAGAAACUGAUAAUUGUUAAGUGGUCAGUUAUUUGUUUCCAGAGCUGUAUAAUGCACGGUUUGAACCUAAAUCACUAGAAAGAAUAAAACAUUUGGCUUUGCUAGGUUUAAAUGUUAGUUUUGAAGUAUAUCAUUAUAAAUGCUGCUAAAAAUACUAAUGUAAGAUUGCACUUUAAGACAGGAGAUCCUUGUUUGAAACGUGAUGGCAGCCAUAGUUUCCGGACUUGUCCCUUUACUCAGCGCUGCUGUGGAAACCAGCACCACAUACAAAGGGCGAACAGUGUGGUUCGGCCUCCUCUGUGUUCGUCUUGUGACCCUUUUUGUGGCGGAAAUGCCCUGGUUCAGUUUGGAAAGAGAUUUCAGCUGCAACGACACUGGCAUUUGCACUAAAGCCUGCUUUAACCAGCACUUCGACAAACCUGUGCUGAUGGCCUGGAACUUUCUCUUCAUCCUCCUCCUCCUCUCAGUUUUUCUGAUGGAGCUGUUCACUGCCCACGUGCGCACUGUCCUUAUGAAGCAGAUUCUGAGGAAGCAGAAGGCCAUGGAGGUCGACUCUCUGGGCGAGUUAAAAAGCACUCCAAGUGUUCCAACCAAAGAGGUGAUGUUUCUAGACAUGCAUGGAAGCAUGUACGCAGUGCUCUCUUACCUUUUCAGCAUGAUCUUGAGAAUCGUGGUGGAGGUUUGGUUCGUGUACAUUUUACUUUUUUGGAAUCUGCCUACAGUGAGACAAAAGUCCUUCCUGUGCAAUGCUAGAAACCAUGGCUGUCCAGUGCUGCAGUGCUUGGUGAGCGCCACAGCGGAGAAGAGCAUGUCCAUCUAUGCUAUGCUGUCCAUUUCUUUCUUAGUCAUUGUGACCAGCUGCAUGUUCUGUUUUUACUUUAUUGGCCACUAUGUUUGUAAAUGCUGUACCCAGCGCUAGUAGUGUGUAACCUGAAGCUUUUUAAGAAGGCCUUCAAAAGACCUUAUAGCCUCCUUUGACUCUUAUUAACUUUCUUUUACUGAACUGAUGGUUUAUUAAGCAAUUAUGCAGACAAAUGUUUUGUAGUAAUAUAAUAGCCAAUGAUGCAGAGCCCUGAAAGAACAUGAGGGAAAAAAUAUGGCAGAAGAUUUACUAACUUCCACCACCAGAACAGGAGCGUCCCUCCUUACCAUUAAGAAACUCCUGAAGAUUGAGCUCUUUAAGGAGCACUUACUCUUCUAACACCUCUAACAAACGAACUACUUCUAACCUCAUUUCCUGCUUUCCCUCCUUUGGCCUCCUUUAGGCCCUGCCUAAAAAUGUUGUUUACCUUGAACUUCUCUGUUCUCUGUUGCUCAUUGUUUGUAGGUCGCUUUGGAUAAAAGCAUCUGCCGAAUAAAAUGUAAUAUAAUGUGCUGUAAUGUAAUAUUUUUUGGGAGGGGAAGCUCACCUAAUUUAUUUCCCUCAAAUUAAUUAUCUCAGGAUGAUUAUCUCAAGAUAAUUAUCUUGGGAUAAUUAACAAAAGAUAAUUAAUUAGAUUUUAAAAAAUCUGAGGUGUUUUUUGCCUGCCGCAUUACCUGCUCUGGUCUUUAGAUGGCAUCAAUACGCCAUUCACUAUUAUCGUUUUUUUUUUUAUUAUUCAGUCACAAAAGCAGACCCAAAAGAGUGCCAUCUGAAACGGUGCAGGAGAGGAUUGCCCUAAUUAAUUCAAGGUAUUCGUUCUUAUUUAAGAGAGGUGACAGUUUUCUGGAUAACAUAGAUUAAGGUGGAUACAUGUAAGGGUAUUUGUGCCACUUCGGACUCUAGAUGACAGAAAUGCUUAUCCAUGAAGUUGUCCAGAAAGCAGUGUCUGCUCUUGAUUGAAAAAACAUAAAGCUCUGAUAUUUGUUCAAUCCUUCCUUAUGUAUGCUCAUGCAUAUAUUUUGUGAUGCAUCUUUAAGAAGGUGCCGUAUCGUGCUCUAAAACAGCACCUCAAACUCGGACAGCGCUUGAACACAAGUUAAAUAGUUUAAUCAAAUGGAUGUAGGAUGCAGGGUAAAGACUGAAAAGUGCAAGGCUUUAAUCUUUAAAUGGUUCUUCACUCUCACAUGUCUCUUAAAUGAUUCUUAUGUGAGCCAAAAUAUUUUUUUUUCUCUAGCAUCACUCUUUUGUAUUAUUAUAAUCCUGUAACCUUUAAAAAGAGUUUGCACAUUUAUGUAUUUGUUUAUUAAUUCAUCAUAUGAGCAUAAAGGUUAUUUAAAAUAUACAUUGGGGAGGUUAUUUGCUGAAGUGCAUCAGGUCUAGAA